AUGAGCAUAAGACGAGCAUUUAGCAAGUCAAUUCGAGCUUACUCGACCGAAGCUGCGACUGCUGGUUCAACUAGCACUAGCUCAUCGGCGGCUAGCACUUCAACUGAGGCAGUAUCAAGCUUGAAAAUCCGAAAUCCAAGAAUGCGAAGAGCUGUUCUUCAGGGAGACUGGAUUGAUGGACCCCCAUCAUUGAGAACCAAACAUGCCCGUUUAGCAUACAACAGUCCAAUCGGCUUGAAAGAAGUUUUCCCAUUAGCGUACGAUAUUAUUCUUAAGGAAAAAGCCCGACACUAUGCUAAAGCAGAAGAGAUCAAACAAGAAUUAGAAUCGAGUGACGCUAGCAAGAUUGACGCUGAAACUCGUGCUUCACUGGUGGCUAAAUACAACAAACAUUUGGUCCGAGCUGAAUUAAACGACCCAGAAGUCCAAUACAACUAUCGCAUUAAACAAUUAGAUCUGACUCAACCGGUCUAUCGACAUUUGGCGGAGCGGGACUGGAAGUCUUAUGAUAUGCUCAUCACCUUACAAAGAUUGGAGCAAUUGCAUGUUAUUCCCGACACACUGCCAACAAUUGACCCACGAGCAGAUGUCAAGCUACAAUUUCCCACUGUGAUCAAUAAAUGGGUUACUCCUGGCGAAGUUUUGCGAAAUGCUGUGUGCACCAGAACACCCAUUGUCAAGAUCCAAGAGUUCCAACAGAUCCCAGACAACAGUCUAUAUACAGUCUUGAUUGUCGACCCAGAUACUCCCGAUAUCGCUAAUGACGGAUACACGACCACCUUGCAUUGGGCCGUGACCAACAUCCCUCUUUCCAAUACCUCUCCAGUGGUAGACCUGGCCAAAUCCGACGAGCUAAUACCCUUCCUGCCUCCUCACCCCGACAAGAACGGUCCUACUCACAGAUACUGUUUGUGGGCAUUCAGACAGGCUGACCCCAGCACCAGUGUCAAUGCCACUUCUACUCCUCUUGGCUCACCCACCGUCGCAACUCGUCGCAUCGAGAUCGCUGCCAACGACGUGUCUCUUGCCAGAGAAAACUUCGGCAUCCGUGCCUUUGUCUCGGCACACAACCUCGACCCCGUCGGCGCUCAUGUCUGGCGAUGCACCUACGACCAGUCCACCGAAUCUGUUCGCGAGAAGUUCGGUCUUGGCCCCGGCAUCGUCUUCGACAAGGUCCGCCGCUAG